AAGUCAUAAAUGUCAAAUUUGCAAUUCAACAAUUUAUUAGAGUUACGAACGAUAUUACUGCUUCAAUAUAAACCUCUUUUUAGAUUAUUUUGUACUACUUUAGGGGAGCUACAUUAUAGAUGUUAUUAUGUCACACAACGUUAAAAUUCUGCCUGGGGCUACUGUUUGCGAAGACUGUACUCUAGAGGGUGACAUCACCAUUGGAGGAGGGACAGUCAUUCACCCAAGAGUGACAAUCAUAGCAGAGGGUGGACCAAUUAUUAUAGCUGAGUACUGUAUUAUAGAAGAAUACUCAACUAUCAUUCACAAGAAAAGUGAUAAGCAAGAGAAUCCUCCAAAGCCCCUUUUCAUUGGUGCUCAUAAUGUAUUUGAAGUUGGGUGCAAGUUGGAGUCACCUUGUGGUCAUAUAGGAGAAAGCAAUGUCUUUGAAUGCAGAUCUUUUGUUGGAGAAGAAGUUAAAAUAGGAAGUGGUUGUGUUAUUGGUGCUGCUUGUCGGUUGACUGCACCUCAAACAUUAGCAGAUAAUACUGUCAUCUGGGGCUCUGAUCAUCACAUCAGAGAAGCAUUGGAGAAACAACCCUCACAACUACUGCAACUGGACUUUUUAAGCAAAGUCAUGCCUAACUACCAUAGACUCAGGAAACCUAAUGUUCACAAGAGACAGCCUUCAACAAGACAAUCUACGGAGCCUUCUCCAAAACCAUAAUAUGUUGCAUUCCAUAUUGUUAAAUGCAGUACUAUAGUAACUCUUAUUUAUAGCUUGAAAUGCACUAUGUUAAGAUUUUAUAUUUAUUUAAUGCUUCACUGAAUAAUCAAGUAUUUUGAUACUAAAA